CCAUCUGAGGAAAGUGGCGUGGGGCUCCUCUUUUUGAAGUCCAAACUGAUGAUUGGGAGUGCUUCUGCUCUGUCCAAUGGCAUCCAUCCAUGCUGAUUGUUCUGUACCACAGGAGCUGGAAACAGAUCAAGUUUUGAAGCAACUGAAGUAUAUUGAGAUGUUGAGACCAUGACUAUCAGCUAAACAGCAAAAAUCAGAUUGGACCAAGAACUGCUCUAUGCACAGAGCUAGGCUGCUUGGCAGGUUGUUAUUCUUAGGAUAUUAUUCUUCUUUUUGAAGACUUUGUGAGGGUUUAUGGGUGACGAUAAUGACGCAAAGAACUAUAGCUAAAGCCUUGAGGUGGGUGGGAACGGGCGGAAGAUGAUUUGGCAAGGGGUGCCCAGGAGCAUAAGGGACUGUCAUCGAAAGGUUCAUGACAGUUUUGAUGGUCUCAUUAUCCAAUGCAACAUCUCUUUGUUCUUCUUAGGGUGAGACUGGAAAGAAUUGAUGCUUAGAGUGACAGGAAGGAUAUGGAAAGAGCAGUGAUUGGAUUUUGUCUCCGUAAGGUCCCCUGUUUCUAUUUUGUUGUGAUACCAAAAGAAAUUAAGCUCCAUUUUGGUAUAUUUCUUCCAAAAAUCCAAUACCAUUAACAAACUCAACACCAUCAACUUUCUUCAAAAACCAACAAAAAUAAAACCAAACCCAUUUCAGCUUUUCAAAUCUUGAUUUGACAUCUGGAAGCAGGCCCUGGAAUUUGCAAUAAAAUCAUUAGCUUUUUAUUGAAUUAUAAUGGACUGGGAUGAUUUCGAUCAUUUCUUGAAAUAGCUGAUGGUGAUUUAUGGACUUUUAUAGAUACAGCAAUUCUGGUAGCCUCUUUGGAUUAUGGUCAAGAGUUGAAGCAAAGUAAAAGUGGGAGGUGGAGAGGCUUUAUGCUAUUUCUAUGGUUACUAGAUAUAAAAGCUGUGAUUUUGUUAAGAGAUCAAAUGGAUAUCAAGUUAAAAAAGAAGCCAGCCUCCAUGAAGGUAAAGGAGAAGGAGGCAAAGGGUCUCCUUUUACACCUCAAUUGGAUAAUGAACAAGUUAAUUUGGACCCUUAUGGAGGCUUGUUUGAUGAUGAGCAAAAAAUGGUUAUUUAGAUUAAGGAGCGCCUUGAAGUACCUGAUCAGUCUGAAGAUUCUUUGCUUGAUUUGCUUCAAAGCUUGGCAGAUGUGCAUAUAACAUUUCAAGCUCUCAAGGAGACUGAUAUUGGGAGACAUGUGAACAAAGUGAGGAAGCAUUCAUGAAAUGAUGUUUGGAGAUUAGUGAAGCAACUGGUCAGGUUUUAAUAAACUUAUGGAGAUCACAUCUGUGUGUAAACAUUUUGUUAUGUUUCUUUUUUAGUUUUGAAAGAGCCAUUGAAGGAAAGUCUGUUAUAUGAUUUGGUUCUUUGCUUCUCCAGAAAAUGGCAAGAGAUUGUAGAUGAAUGGGUAAGGGUGAAUCGACCUGGAGAACUUGAAUCUGCUGUACUUAUGGGUAAAAUUAUUAUCUCUACUGUAACAUAAAGAAAUUUUGUUUUUGUGAGAAAAUAUUUCAAAAGUGAAAGGGAUUGACAUGUCAUUAAAGUUAAAAUGACAAUGAAUCUUGUCUGGCAGCAGAUGGAGAUUCACCACAGCAAAAACUUCCUCAAUAUGAUUGUCAACAGGUGAAAGAAAAUACUUUUUCAUGAGAAAGUUGUUUGAAAAUUCUGCCAUUUUUUAUCUUUCGAAGACUAUGCUCUGUUAUAGGUUCCUCAUUUUGCUUACUCUCCUAAUCCGCACAAGGAGUACAGAACCUGAUUCAAAGUUGGAUUUGAUCUUUGUUUCUUUCUUUUGUGCUUUUAAUUAAUCAGCCUUAUUUUUAAUGCUUUUUUGGAUGACAUCUGACAGAUGGGAGUUUUGGUUCAGACAAGAAUAAUUCAGAACCUGAAAGGUAGCCAAAGCCAAUCCGUCCUCCUUGAAAAUAUCUUCCACCUAGACCUACUCCCUCUACUCCACUAACAAAAUGUACAGGAUUUCGUAGAGACAGAGAGAACAAAAGGAAAGCAAAUUUGACUCUGAAAGGCUGGCUUCUGCAAGGAAAAGGCUUCAAGAAAGUUACAAAGAAGCUGAAAAUGCCAGAAAAGCUAGAAUGAUACAAAUGAUGGACAUUCAUGAGCUACCAAAACCCAAGAAUGCCUUCUUUUGAAAGAAUAAGGGAGGUGGUUCUCCAAGGCACUGGUGAUUGGGUGAAUGAAUUUGGCUUAAAGACAUCUCAUCUUAGGUCUUCAUUUCUAUUUUUCUGUUGUGAUUAUUAUAUUGGAUAGGAUACUCUUCAUAUCUUUUAUAUGUUGUCUUUCCAUGUUCAUUCAGGGAGAUGUUCUGGAUUAUUUAUCAAUCAUUUGAAAUUCUUGAGGGCCAUGGACAUCGAUUACCAUUCUAUUUAGGUGUGCAAUGAUUCUUUUUUUGACAUGUUUUACCUUUCCCCCUAACCGAAAUGUGUGAUGUUGCUUCUUUGUAAUAUAUGUGAGUUAUCUUAAAAUAUAACUCCUUUUUUUGGAAGUAUGUUAGGAUCUUUCUUCUUUUUAUUUAAUGCAGGCUGGCUCUACCUUGAAGAGAAGAAUUGACAUACUGGGCAAACUCAUUAUUUAGGUUAAUGCAAACCAUCUGCCUUACAGAACAUUGUGGGGUGCACAGAGAAGCCUUUUUUUAUCAUUACAAAAAUAAAUCUCUGCCAUUAUUUUUAUGUUUUGAAUCAUUUUGCCUGAUUCCUAGCUGGGAUCCUCAGGUGGCAUGGGAAAAUUUUUGGACUUGGUCAUGAAAAGAAUUAUGAGAAUGGCAUUAGUCAGAGGACAGAAAACUAUCUAGCUUCCGUAUUCAGAUUUGUGAUUUUUCAAUCUAGUCGCUACCAGAAGACAGCUGAGAUUAUGGUUAUUGAGAGUCUGACUGAUGUUUUGUUUCAUUUUACUGUUCAUUUUUGCUGGUUAUAUGAUAAGGCUCUUUAACUUUAUUGCUAUUUGAAAGAGAGGCCAAGGGGACUCUGUGCAGUUAAUGAGAUCUAUAAAAGCAGUGAGGUGGUGGCAAUUAAACAAUCAUCUGUCUCUUAUGUUUGAAGAGAGCAAGAUAAGGCUCUUUUUAAGUGGUUUGUAUCUCUAUUGAAUUGCACUUCAGCUUUUGUGCUAUGACCACUACUGAUGGAAGAAAGUAGCUUUCAGCUUGUUACGCCAGUUGGUUGAUGUAACGGAUUGAAUUCUGCUGCUAAUGGGUUUGCUUUAUUGACCUCAACACAUCUCAUUACACAUUACCUUUGACUUUUAGAAUUCAAUAAGGGUUAGCUUUUAAGGAUGAGCUUGAAGAGUAAACGUUCAACAAUGUAGCUGCAAGGUUUAGUUUCACAUCAUUUGUUGAGAGCUAUAAUGUCAAUGCUACAUUCUUAAGGUCUACGACUAAAAACUUGUGAUCUUGGUCACUGGAACCACUUGAGUUGAACUAUAUCUAUAUUUUGUUAAACCUUACGCAUUUUAUCUAAGAUUCCUGAUAUUAUGAACUGGAUUUUACUUUAGUUCUUGCUUGUUUCGUCUUGUUAAGUCAUGAUCAGUUUAAAUGACAAAUAGACGCACAGGAUCCCUCCAACCAUUGAGCCUUACCGAAUUAGUAGUGAUCCACCUGAGUUGCCGGAUUAGGAGACUUCUGAGAUUGCAGGAUGUAAAGAAUGUGACAAGACCGUGAGUGUUUCGAAGAGAAUGGAAGACCUGUAAGACAAAUUUAAAUCCUGGUUUCAUGGAGACUGUAAACAGCAUUCUAAAGAAUGGUGAAAGUAAAAUGUCAACAAAGUCUGAAACCAUGGUGCAAAAGGGCUCUACCAAAGUCCAAGCAGUGAUGUAGAACUGCUGUCCUGUUUCAGCAAAAAUGCACCAUGCUGCUAUUUCCAGGGCUAUUACCUCUUCAAGUGGCUGCAUCAAAGGCCUUGUCCGCAGCCAAAAUGGAUGUUCUUCUUACAAAGCUGAAGUUGAAGUCAUCAAACUGCUUCACCUACUGCCUUAUAUCCUCCAAAACCUUUUUUUUUUUAACUUUAGCUUUUUUGCUACUCUUUUCAUAGCCAAAGCCUCAGCCAUUAGACUAGAAUCUGCCCUUACCAUCUUCGCCAGACCUAUUGGCUCAUAGUUAUAGUUCCUCAUCACCACACCAAUGCCAGCCUCAUUGGAGUUUGGAGAGAAAAUGCACCAUCAAUUCACUUUAAAAUAAGCCAUUACAGUUGCUUAUUGAUGGCAUGUUGCCUGACCUUUGUGCCCUGGCUUCCUAAGAAAGUAACAGGAAUUUAAACUUCAAAGUGAAUGUGAGACACUAAGACAUUAGAUUCAAAAUUUGUCUUUUCCAUGCACAAUAUUAUUCUUUUUGUGUAUCUUUACUUUUAAACUUAACCAUUUAAUACAUUAAAAAAAAUUGCAAUUAAAAAUAAAAAAAUAUUAUAGAUGCUUAAAUUUAUUUCAUACAAUCUUUUAAAAGUAGUUGCAUGAAAUAAUUGGAUUAAAUUGAAUUAAACUCUAGAUUAUUAUUAUAUUCUUUGGAUCAAGUAACAUAUCAAGAAUAUUUAAUCUGAUCAACCUACAAAAAAUUUGGCCAACAAUAAAGCAAAACCUUGAAAAAUUUAUACAUGCAAAGAAAAAAAAAGUGCAAAAUUCAAAAUUAGAGGCCCAAAACCACUUCUUGAACUGAGUACAAAAGCCACCCAUGAGCCCACUCUCCGCUGCCCACCGGUUCACCCAGGCACCCAGAACAACAAAACCCCUUGCCCCUCUGACCUCUGCCUUCUUCAGAUUCUGCCUCAACUUCCAUUUGCAACAUUUGUGCCAGGUUUCAGCCCUUGAAUUUUCUUCAGCCUUUUGUUUCAUGGUAAAAGUGCAAAACCCAACAUCCCUUUUUGUAAUUCUUUGGAAGAAAAAGAUGGUCAAGGCUGGAGAAGGGAAACAAGAUUCUUUAUGUGAUAGGAUGCCUGGUAAUGUAAAUUGGCAGAUGUCCCCAAAAGGUGACGGCCCUUCUCAGAGUGGGUGUAAAGAGGCUGAGUAUUCAUGCCCUCCCUUACCAAGAACUGGUUCUCAACAGUCAUCUGUGAGUGUUAUGUCUGAAAGUCCUGUGCCUACUUUUGUUUACAGUAGGAGGAAGAAACAGCGAGGCAGCAGUAGCAGUGCUAGCGCUUCUUUCGCCAACUUUUGUGCUGAGGCCCCUGUGAAUUCAAAGAGAAGCGUGGAUUGUCUUUCUAUUGUAAGUUCUGGUCCUCUUUCAGUGGCUGUCAUGGAGCCAAAUGUAGCUUCUCAAGUUGAAAAUGAAAACAUUGCUGUUGGAGAUCCUCUGACACCUCUUGCAUGCAGUAGAGAGCCUCACAUUUUAAAGUAUGAAUUUACUAAUGGAUGUUCUGGUGUGGAUGGCCUCAGUUCUGAUGAUGUGCAUAAAACUGUUAUGCAGAAAACUGUAGAUGUUGACAGCAUAAAUGAUAGUUGCUCAUCAUCGAAGUCAUAUAUGGAACUUGCAUUAACUUCUAUGAAAGGUGAGAUGGAUGAAAAUGGUGAGUGCUCCUCCUCUAGUGUAAUAGCUGCUGAAGUUGUGCGUGAAGAUCUAUCUGAGAAAGAUAUGUGCUUCCCCAUACUUCGGAACCAGGGUAAUUUUGAGGACGCUGGGCCUUCUAGGGCUCCUGUUAAUGAGGAAAUUGGGACAAGUGGUGGUAGUAGUUGUUCUAGGUCAUGCAAAAUUUGUGGUCGUUCAGAAACUGCACAAAAGAUGCUAAUUUGUGAUAAUUGUGAAGAAGCAUAUCAUGUUCGUUGUUGCAAUCCCAAGAUAAAGAAAAUACCAGUUGAUGAGUGGUAUUGUAUUUCGUGUAUGAAAAAGAAGAGAAUAAUGCUCAUGGAGACAACUACAAGAAAUUCUUCAAGUAUCACUGGUGGAAUGGGCAGAUGUAGAGUUGUAUCAUCUAAAGGGGAAUUCAGUCCAAUAGAAUUAAUGUUGAGAGAUGCUGAGCCUUACAGAACAAGUGUUCGAAUUGGCAAGGGUAUUCAAGCAGAAGUUCCUGACUGGUCUGGACCGAUUGAUAAUGAUGUUGAUACAAUUGAUGAACCACUAGAAUUGGAUCCUUCAGAAUUUACUGAUUUCCAUGAACUGAAUUGCAACAAGUCAUCUAAAUUAAGCUCAAUAGGGAACUGGCUUCAAUGUAGAGGGUUCGUAGAUGGUGUAGGAGGCAGUAAUGGAACCAUCUGUGGAAAGUGGCGCAGGGCUCCUCUUUUUGAAGUCCAAACUGAUGACUGGGAGUGCUUCUGCUCUGUCCAGUGGGAUCCAUCCCAUGCUGAUUGUUCUGUACCUCAGGAGCUGGAAAAAGAUCAAGUUUUGAAGCAACUCAAGUAUAUUGAGAUGUUGAGACCUCGACUAUCAGCUAAACGGCGAAAAACAGAUCAGAGCAAGAACUACACUUCACAAGACUGUAAGGAAGAAAUGAGAAAUGCACAGAGCUAGGCUGCUUGGCAGGCGAUAAUUUUUCCAAAGUAUAUGUACAGCUUACCCUAACAAGAUCCUGUACCCUCAAAGUCAUUUCAAACCCAAACAUCUCAAUUUUGCAACAAGAUGUCUUCCUUAGUAGUUAACUCGCUUUUGGAGAGAAUUAUCAAGUAUGAGAAGUAUUUAGUCAUUGGCUUUCAUGGUUCAAUUCUGUUUCUCUAUUGUUUUGGUAUUAUGUUUUGGCUUGCCACCAAAUUCCUGCAUUCAUUUUUUCUUUUGAUCAUCAAUUUCUCUGAAACAACCAGCAUGAAUUGACAUU